AUGCCAGUGAGCCGACGGACGCAGUCGGUGCUAGUGGCCUUGGUGGGGCGGCGCAUGGAGGCACUGCAGCAAAGUCUGGAUGAUCUACCAGAGGCCUUUCGGACGCAUGUGGCGACCUUGGGAAUUUCAGCUGUGCCUGCUGGGGUGAACUUGGAAGAAAUUUGGCAAUCGGCACGCGCCACGCCAUUGCGUAGCCGCAAUCAGCAGUUGGUGUUGCAGCAAGCAGUGCACGGACGAGCUCCGCAGGGUGUUGCAUCGCUUCAGUGCAUGCAAGUCUUUCAGCAGCAGCUGGCCACGCAGACGGCCACAAUGAUGGCUCAUGCUGUGGUCGGUGCCUUGCAGCUGCGUGACCAGGAGUUGCCGUUGCGCAACUUGCAUGUUUUUGCACGACAGACAGAAACUGGGGCUGCGGCUCCGCGAGCAGCUGGCUUGGAGCAAUUGAUGCUCCGUGCUCAAACACCUGGUGCUUCUCUUGCUGCCUUGCAAGUGGAGCGUCGUUCGGAGCCAGUGUUGGCGUUGGCGAAUGGUCCAGCGCAAGGAGGUGGUUCGACGGAGGAAAGCGCAGCUGCUCUGGAAAACGGAGUGGCGGCGCCGGAGAUCCAGGCAGGGGAAGUUCCAGCGGGUGCGUUGCCUGCUGCAAGCGGUGCAGUGCCCAACGCAGCAUUUGCGGCUGCGGAUGGUGCAGCUGUUGCGGCGGCUGCUGCUGCAGAGACACCAGAGCCCCCGACUGAGAUUCCAAGCCAAGUUGCCGCGACGGUCCAGAGUCUCGCGAAGGCACACUACGAAAAGGCAUUGCCAGAUUCAGGGAAAGGAAAAGGAAAAGGCCUUAAGAAAUCUCUGAAGAGACCGUCUGCGGUGAGGCAGACGCCGUUGAAAAGGCCUGCAGCUGCACAAGCGCCUGCGAUUGAGAAAACGCAGGAGCAUGAUGAGCCAGCGAAAUCUUCGACUGCAACUUCUGCCAAGAAGCGGCCUGCUUCGGCCGCUGGGGGUAAGGCUUCCAAGAAGCGUCCGGCGGCCGCUGGGUCUGCGGAGGGAGGUUUGAAACAUUUGUCAGAGAAGAAGUUGGCUGAUGGCACCGUGCAGCUGCGCUUAGGGGAUAGGCCAUCCGCGGAUGCGCCGCCUGUGCUUGUGCGCUGGCGUGCCAAGGUGUUGACACACACUCAGGCAGCUAUCAGAAGGGUGCAAGAGAAUGCGGCCGAGUGGGGAUAUCCGCUCGAGGAAUUUCCUAUAUUAGAAGAGUUAGAAGACAUGCAGCUGCGGCUGCGAAUGGAUCCGGCAUUACCGCCAUGUGAGGCACAUGCUGUGCUGCGAAAGGUUGUAGACGCCCCACCAGCAUUUGAUGUGGGGGGUUGCGUGCGCGCAAGACAUUGGCGGGCUGCGGGCUGCUUGGUUGCGUACGCGCAACACGGUCGUGGCCUGCGGGCUGCUUGGUUGCGUGCGCGCAACACGUUGAUGGCCUGCGGGCUGCUUGGUUGCGUACGCGCAACACGGUGGUGGCCUGCGGGCUGCUUGGUUGCGUGCGCGCAACAUGAUGGUGGCCUGCGGGCUGCUUGGUUGCGUACGCGCAACGCGGUUCCUGAGUUCACUGCAAAGCUGACAUGUGGCUUGCGGCUGCCAUGCGUGCGUCAGGGAAAAAGCAGCAGGAGAAGGAGCGGACGCUGCGAUGCAGCUGGCGCGGAAGCGCCAAAGGAAAAACCGAGUGAAGAAGAUGGCCAGAAGGAUGCAGCUAAGCCUGCGCGAGAGGCCAGUCACAAGCCAGGCGGCGCUCGCAAAAACUGGCACCGCAAGGACGGGGAUGACGACACGUGGACGUGCCCAGACUGCAAGCGCGUGAUCAAGAAUCACCCCGCGAGCAAGGACCAACAUCGGGUGUCGGCCUACUGCUUCUCGCAUCGCUUAUGGAACGCACAUGCGUUCGAUGACUGGUCGCUGUGCGAGAAAUAUGGAAAGGUUGGCACGGGGUACGAAGAGGAGGGCCGGAAGGCCACCAGGAACAGACACUGGGACAGUCGCUCGAAGGAGCGAACGCACCGGCGGAAGGAGCGAUCUCGCUCCCGCAGCAAUCGGCACAGGCUGCGGUCGCGGGACAGUGCGCGCGCCGCACGAUCUGCGGAGCGACGCAGGCAGGACAAGCGCCGCAAAGCAUCAGACACCGAGAGUGAGGAUGAGAGUGUAGAGGUGGACUAUGAAGAAGAUGGUCGGGCGCGGAAGAGUAAGACAGUGGCUCCGGCUACUGCGUCCGAAGAAAAAGCUGCAGCUGCGAAAACAGAAAAAUCGCAGCUCAAGGAAGCUGCCAAGAAGCCGCGGAAAUCGUCUGGGAAGGAUGGCGAUGGCUCUGUCCAGAAGGCGCCCAAGUCUUCGGCAAAAGAGAAGGGCAAAGAUUCCUCGGACGAAUGCACCUACACGAGUAGUCCGGAGGAAGACAAAAAGAAGCCGCUGGUGGCGACGAAGUCCGCUGCCGCUCCCGCAGCCAAAGCUGGCGGCUUGGCGCUGCCAGCUGUUGCGAAGGCGGCGCAGAAAGCUUCUGACCGUAGGCUCAAAGGCUUGGCCUCAACCGUCUCAGACUGGAAAAUCGUCGUCAUGGCUGAAACCGCAGCUGCUGCUCCAGCAGUCAUGCAAGUGGCUGCUUCUCAGGAAGCGACGACGGAUGCGGUGGUUGUGGUUGAUGGUGCUCAGGCACCGACGGCAGAAGCUGCUGAGGCAGCAGUGGAGACAAUCGAAGCUUCUGCAGAAGCGCUGGCGCCUGCUGAGGAUGCGAUCCCUGCUUCGCAGCCUAGGACGCCUGAGGUGGCGACCUGUCGGCGCUGCCAGCAAGAGAUCCAAGUGAAGGACGCCAUCUGCACGGCGAAAUUCCGAUUGGAGUUGCGUUACACUUGCCAUCCCUGUCACGCGGUGUUGUCGCAACUCCAGAGGCGCGGUGUCGACAUCAAAGAAGUUCUCACCGAAGCUGCUGCAGUCACGUUCUUUCAGGACGCAAAGAAUGAGCGUGCCAACGGCAUGGAAGGUCGUCUGUGCUACGCACAGUCCCGCGCGUUGCUGGUGCAAAAGAUGGUUGAAUCGACAACCCACUUGGAGAAGAAUGGCAGUGAAGGAGAGUUCCAACCGCUGUCACAUUGGAUGCUGCGGGGAUACGACUGCGAUCGUAUCGAGGCGCUGGCUGAGCGCCGGGAGCAUCCCAUCCUCGGCCCGACGUUCCGGGUGGACAUCGACAAGAUGUCCAAGGAACAAAUUCGAGCCAUUACGGAGGAACGGUUGCUGAACAUCGAGAGCCAGGCCCGUGAGCGACAGCAGCACAGGGCGGCUGGUGGCGAUGGCAGCAGUGCUGCGGCACGAGCUUUGCCUGACUUAGGGGUCGAAGUGGAGCAUGUUGCUGCUGCGGCAGACAAAAAGCGCAAAUCCCCUGAGGAAAAGCAAGCGGCCUCUGCUGCGGCUAAGGCCCAAAGACAGGAAGAGAAGAAACGGCAGAAACUGGAGCGUGUCGCUACCUCCGCUGCUGCAAAAGUGUUACCACAGCUGAAGAAAUGUUAUGACAAGCUCAAUGAGGUGCUGGACAAAGUUAGCACAUGUGGAGCGGGCCUGCCGGAGGCAAGCGCAGAACAUGUGCAGAAGACAAAAGCAACCUUGGAAGAGACGGUGAAGCAUGCCACCCACAUGCUCGCAGCAGCCGCCAAGGGACAAGAUCUGAACCUUGGAACCGACGUCUUGAAGACGGAAAAAGGUUUGAAUGACAUUCUCAAAGAAGGGAAUGCAGCCAUUCGAUCACUGCAGUUCUAUAUCCGUGAGACGAAGGAGAGUGCCAAAGCCGCAAAGGCUCAGGGCGGUGCGGCGAAGGCAAAAGCAAAGAAACAAUGCGGUGGGAAAGAAGAUAUCGAACGGAUCGCUGAUGCGCUAGAAAAUCUGAAAGAAGUGCUGGCGCAGAUCCACGUCAGUGAGGCAUAUGUGGAUCAUGUGUCCAUGACGAAGUUUUGUGAUCGCGUUCUCUGGUCGACCCGAGGGUUGCUGCUGCAAUGGGAAGUGACGACCACGUCCCUGCAAGAACUGCCUGUGAAGAAAAUGCCAGCCUUGGAAAAAAAUCCCGUUUGGAGGAUCACGCAUCCGAACCGGGAGAGGUACUUGAGCGAAGUCUCCGCGGGAGUCAACUUCCUGCUGGCUCAGCAGGAAAUAUUGACAGGGGAGCCUUGGGAUUGGCUUUUCCACUUCGUUCAUCAGUUAGAAUAUAGCAAAGACGUGGCUGCGGCCAUGGCCCGAUUCAGUGAAAAUAGUAUCGCCAAGAUAAGAGGUUGGCUGAAUGGAAAAGCUUGCAACCAGAAGAAGUCUGGCGCACUGAAACGAAAAAUGAGUGCAGCCUUGAGUCCUUAUCGUGCUUGCUACAAAGAAGUCGCUGUGUGCGAGAAAGAAACGGGGCAAAAGAGCAUAAUAUUCUAUAUGGCAGACGUGCGGCGUUUGCUUCGCUUGUAUGCUUCUGAAUGUCCUUCGUUUGCCUCUUUGCUGCGAAGCCCGGCAGCGCGAAAGUUCGAUGUGUUUCUUGCACACGACGAGGCGACUGCAGGAAAUGUGCUCAAUCCGCAGCAACGAAUGAAAACUUUGUUGGUGUAUUUUACGCUGAGGCCGCUGUCGCAGUACUUCGAAACUGCGCGAGCAUGGAUGCCUGUGGCGGCAAUCACCCACGAACAAAUACAGCAGUGUCCUGGCGGCCUGAGUGCCAUUACGGCCUGCAUUGUCGAAGACUGGCUGGAGCAGAACUUAGUCAGCGACUUUGUGGUCGCAGACGGUGUGCCGCCCAUGUCCCUGGCAAUCGCAGGAUUCAUCAGUGAUAUGGAAAAUCAACGGGGCGCUUUCGCAGCCAAGGGAAGCGCAGCAUUGAAGCCGUGCAUCCGCUGUGGAAAUUGUCUCAUGAAAGGCGCACAAGGCGCUGAGGUGUCUGAAAAUUUCUUCACAAUCGAAGAGCAUGACCUUGCUCUCUUUGUUGCGAAUGAUGCACGCGACGUUGAGAAUUACAUUGUCCACUGGAUAAACCAAAUCCCAAACGUGAGCAAAGCGGAAGUGGAACUGAGACAGAAAUGCUUGGGAUUCCAACUUGAUCCGAACAGCAUCUGGUCUUAUCCCCGGGCUCGCAGCAUCUGCCACAUUGGCAUUGCGAUCAACGAUGCAAUGCAUGCCUAUUGGGCAAAUGGUAUUUGCAAUUCAGAGAUUGCAUUGGUGGUCAAUGCUGUGAAGCGGCAUACCCAUAUGGAUGUGAGCCAUCUCUGUGAUGCCAUGGUCAGUGCAAACUGGAAAAGACAUAAGCCAGAAGAGAAUAAGCAUUGGUGCAAGCGUCUAUGGACGCCUGCUUUGUUCGGGGAGUACGAAUACAAGGGAUCCGCCACGCAGUGCCAUGCGUUGAUGGCCCUUAUGAGGUGGUACUGUGAGACCCUCUGGGUUCACAUCCCAUGCUUGCGCGCUGUCGCUGAGUGCUUCUUGGCGUUGGCGCGCUGCACUGAUGCUUUGCGCCAAGGCAAAAAGACACAUGACUGGUCAGACCUGGACAAAGCCCAGUCAGACCAUCACAAGCUUUUUGCCACGGUGCAUCCUGGUCUCAUGAGACCAAAACACCACCACCGCUUGCAUCUGAGCAACCACUACCGCAAACACCAUGUCAGCAGCAAUUGUUGGGGCAUUGAACAAUCCCACCAAAACUACAAGACCAUAUACGCUGACAACUUGCAACAGUUCCUUCGAGCUGACAACGGAGGAAAGGCAUACAGCCAGCAGCUCAUGCCACGGCUGCUGCUUCGUUCUCUGCAGCUGUGCCGAGAACAUCCGUUCGAGAGCGGAGACUUCACACUGGUUUCUCCGUUUACAACGGCAGAAGUCGAAGCCAGCACUGGACUGCAAGGCACGGAAAUCAGUCGCAGUUGCCGCCUGCGACUUGGGAUUAUCCACGAGAACUCAAUAGUUCUCUGGGGGAAAAGCUAUGAGAACGCCGCUGUGUGCCGUUUUUUUUUGGAACGUGACAAAAGACACUUUGUCUACUUCACUAAUUUGCAUCUCUCUGCAAGAGGCGAGUCAUAUCGCUGCUUCCGAUCCAUUGGUGAGGCCGACAUCAUGCCAAUGGAUGAAUUGCAUCCCUUGCGCAUCCCAGCCUUCACUAGCGCUGAAAGCGCAAAAAUAAUUUGUUUACUCUGA